AUGAAUUUUUUAUUUUUAAUAAUUUUUUGGUGCUUCAUUUGUAGAUCACUUUGUGCAAAUAUAUUGGCAAUUCUUGCAGUUCCAUACUAUAGUCAUCAUAUUAUUCAUCAUCAAAUAUUACAAGAAUUUGCUAAUCGGGGACAUAAUUUGACAAUAUUUACACCUUAUUUCAUGAAUUAUGACAGUACAAAUGUUACUCAGCAUUAUUUAGAAGGACUUGUUGAUACUUUUCAUAAAUAUACAAAUAUUCUGGAUUAUAAAUUGAAAAAUAUGAGUAAUAGUGAAAUUUAUGGAUUUUGGGAGAUGCGAUCAGCAUACAAAAUUCUUGAAAAAGUUUUCGAAAAUCAAGAAUUCCAAAAACUUUUUAAAAAUCGUGAUAAUCAUCAUUAUGACUUAAUAAUGACUGAAUGUUUGUUGUGUUCUCCAAUCGUACUAGCUGAAAUUUACGAUUGUCCGAUUGUAAUGUUAAACGCUGGUGAAUCACACGUGCAUCAACAUCAACUUUUAGGCAACUUUGCACAUCCUUCAAUUCAUCCAGAUAUUUAUGUACUUCCGAUGCUGCAUGGGGAGCUCAGUUUAAUCAGCCGAAUUAAUUCAUUUAUUAUUUACAAAAUUUUUGUUGGAAUUUGGAAAUUUUUAACAAAUACACUUAGUGACUACUUGCUGUAUUCAACAUUUCCAAAUUUAAGCUACAAAAGUCAAGAUGAAAUCAUAAGAAAAAGAAUGAAAAUAUUUCUCAGCUUUACAUCCACUCUGACUACAAGUAUAAGACCAACUGUUCCAAUUUAUCAUCAAAUUGGAUUUAUUCACAUUAAAGAACCAAAAGAAAUCAAAGACAAAGAAUUGGUAAACUUUUUGGAUGAAUCUAAAAAUGGUGUCAUUAUUAUAUCAUUUGGAUCAGUUGCUGGUGACUUAAGUGAUGAACUUUUAAUGAAAUUUCUUGAAGUCUUUCUUGAUCUUCCUUACAAUGUCAUUUGGAAGACUAAUAUUCCAUCAUCAAAUCAGCAAUCAAUCUUCAAAACCAAAAAUAUUUUAGCCUCAAACUGGCUUCCCUUAGCUGACAUUCUUGCUCAUCCUAAUGUUAAACUUUUAAUAUCACAUUCAGGAUUGAGAACAAUUGAGGAAGCUAUUGAUAGAGAAAUUCCAAUGAUUCUAAUUCCAUUAAGCUACGAUCAGCCAUUUAAUGCAAUUUUACAGAGUAAGCAUGAAGUUGCACUGAAUGUGGAUAUUAAUAAAUUUACUAAAGAUUCAUUAUUCAAUGACAUACUGGAAAUGACAAAACCUAAAUAUAAAGAAAACAUUCGGAAAUUGAAAAAGGUUGUGUACGAUAAAAUGUCAAGUGGAAUGAAGGAUGCCGUUGAAAAUAUUGAGAAUUUAUUAAAAUACAACAAAACAUUUGAGUUUAUAAGAUACGAUGCUGACAACAGUGAAUUUACAAAAUCAUUUUACGAUGUGUAUUUAAUUUUAUUUUUAGUAAUUUAUUUAUCUGUUAAGAUAAUUAAAAUCUUAUCAAAAAUUAUUUUAAAAAUUAAAUUUUAUGACGUCUAA